UUGGGUUUCAGCAUCAGCACGUGCGUGCAUCUUUCGCGAAUCGACAUCAGCUGCGAAUUUUACGAGUGAUUUACGUUAUUCUCCGACCGGAAUAUUCGAUCCCCAAAACCAUCCGGAAUGGUGUUCUUUACGUGCAAUCACUGCGGUGAAUCGCUCAAGAAGCAAGCCGUCGAAAAACACGGCUGGAAGUGCAAACGCGAACUGAACGUUUCGUGCAUGGACUGCCAGAAGGAUUUCAUCGGGCAGGAAUUCGACGCCCACACCAGCUGCAUCACUGAAGCGGAGAAGUAUUCCGGCAAGGAUUACGUUCCGAAAGCGAAUGCAAACAAGGGUGCCAAGAAACAGGAAGCCUGGCUGGACACGAUUCGAUCGAUUACCGACAGCAAGGGGAAUCUGUCGAAGGGAAUCACGGAAGUGUUCAAUGUGAUUAGGAAGAACGAUAAUAUUCCUAGGAAGUCGAAGGGAUUUCUGAACUUUUUCGCCAACUCUGCCAAGCAUAUCCGGAAGAAUGACGUCGAAGCAGCCUGGGCCUUGCUGGAGGAAGAGGUGAAGAAAACUCGGAGCAACGCAGCGGAGCAGACGCAAACGAACGGAGUGGUUCCGGACGGUAUGUGGAUUCCGGGACAGAAGGCAACACAGAACGGAGCAGGAGACAUCCAACAAAAUGGAUUCAAGAAGCGUAAGCUGGAAGAUGACACGGAAGUGACUGCAGAGGAACCAGCCAAGAAGAAGAGUAAGAAAAGGACCAAACAGGCGCAGAACGGAGUCAGCGAGGAACAUGAACAACUCGUUGAGGCGCAAGAGAAUGGAACGAAUGGUGAUGCUGCUUCGGAGAAGUUCCAGUGGGGCGAAGUAAUUCGAACGACGCUGAUGUCCAAGAACAACGAGAUGAAGCUGGAAAAGCUCAAGAAAAAGGUACUGAAGAAGUAUCGCCAGUUGGUUGGUGCUGACGUGAUGAGUGAUAAGAUUGAUCGUAAAUUUAGUAAGAAACUUACGAAACUAGGCGUUGAGGUGGAUAACGACACUGUCCGGUUAAUUGCGUAGUUAUUAAAGAAAGCAUUGAUUCAGGA